UCAGUGUACUGCACUUCCUCCUCCACACAGAGUCCUGUUUAUGGCCGAAUAAGAACUUUAGUGCAGCGCUUUUUAUAAACAUCAUUCACACCGCUGUUUAUUUAUUUAUUUAUUACUGACUGUGUGUUUAUUUCUUGUCUUUAUCGACCGCGGGGUUUUUAUUCCCUGUGUCAGGAGAUGAACCUGCAGCUGAUAUGUCCUGAUAAAUAAACACACCUAACAGUUUAAUGGAAGACUUAAAAAAUACAGAAGAAGAUCAGAGUAAUCCAGUUUCUCACCAGGACACCAAACAGAUACUUAAAGAUUCGAUCACCCCUGCCCCCUUCCACUGCGUGACACUGCGCUCCAGUUCCACUCCAUCCCUGUCCCCACUUCCUGCUCCUGGGUACGCUGCAGUUCUCCCUGCAAGUGAGAACAAUGCAAAGCAAAACACUGUGGCAAAUGGACAGGUUCCCUCUGCAGUGUCUCUGUGGCACAUGUCCCGUGAAGUUCCACCUCGUUUCCGUAACCAUCAGGAACCUAAAAUUCUGCUGAAGAGAGGCCAGUCACUAGAUGGAGUUUCACCAUUCCUCCACACAGGGGAUCAGUCGAAUGCAAACACUACACAACGCUCAGCUUCUUUAACUUAUGCAAAUUCCACAUGUGGCCCGGGCUCCGGAGCACUGCUGCUGUCUCAGGGAAUGGAUAAGAUUGUAGUGGACGGCUCUGACCUGCAGGCAUGGCCCAGUAUUGUGGACAGCAGGAGGAAGAACGAGUCCCUGAGCAAAGCUUCAUGGGAAUGCAAUAAAGGCAUUCAAAAGAACAAGACGGAACAGGUAGAGCUUGGUGUCACUGCAGAUGGAGCCAACUCGGUAUCAGUCCCACCUUCCUACUGUGAAACUACCUUGAAUUUGGCAGAUGCAGAAAGCAUGCAGCAGAAGAUACAAAGCCAGGAUGGAGGCAAGUGGGAGGACAACAGGGUGGAAAAAGAAGUGGGACCACAAGCAGAAGCUGAAAUUGCUGAUGACUCCAAAGGGUUCAAUGAGGCAGUGCAGCUUUCUACUCUCAGUUCAAAUCUAGAAGCCUUAAUUCCUGAUACAUGUGAUAAUAGGGCAAGUGGAGAACUGCUGGAGACUGGAGAAAUGUGGGUAACAUCUGGGGAAAGCCAAGUGGGAUGGAAAGUCACUGGCACUGAUGGAGUCAGUAUUGAGGUAUCUCAGACAGUCUGGGAUGAAGAAAGAAGUGGUCUAAAAAAGCAGUCAGCAACAAUUAUGCAGAGUGAUGUGCCAAAAGAAGGCAUGAGUGGACAUGUACAAGAAAGUUCUCCAGGUUGUUUACAGGACACUGAAAUGAUUGCAACCAAUACAACAACAAAAACAGAUAGUGAGAAAAAGAUGAAUGAGGGGGAACUGGAGGGACCAGAGUUUGAGUCUGCUGUCCACGGAAGCACAGAAGAUGGUACUUGGUCUCACAACAACUCCAGAGCUCAAGCUUCAUGCAGUGAAGUGACUUUACAGAGCAUGAUCAGUCGAAGUGACCUGGAUCCCAGAGUACUUUGCAACACUGGCUGGGGGCAGACCCAGAUCAAGCAGAGCAUAGCCUGGGAUUUGGAGGUGGACAGUAGCUCUGAAUCAGGUCGAGACUGGACUGGGCAUGCUCAGAUGGAUCUAAACAGCCCUAGCUGUCCUCUUUGGUCCAGGGAUUUGCAGGGUCAGGUGAAGGGGGCCAGAAGCCAGGGAGUAGGGAGUAAAGGGGAGCAAGUUGAGCAGAAAAUAGAUCGUAAACAGGGUGCUCUACUCACAGGCACAGGCAACAGCUGGGUGGAGGCUGUUGAGGAUGAGCAGGUAGGAAGGUGGGAUGGGAAUAGGAGAGAUGGUGGGCAGCGGAGAGAUGGGGACAAGGGCAGUUGGGUUCCACGUGACCCUCAGUGGGAAGAAAACAAGGGUAAAGCUGGACAAGGCGAGAAGUCAUGGUCUGAGUCUGAGGAUGAAGGAUGGAGAAGCAAACAGCACCAGGGAUGGGGGAACAACCGCCAGCUACAACAUAUACCAAACAAUCAAACAGCACUGAAGGGCCCAAAUCAACAGCAACUGCAGCAAUCCCAGUCCCAGCCUACUCAACCAAGAGGCUCACAGGAGUCCAGGGAUCCACCCGCAGGCCCAGUGGCAAAGAACCAAAGCUCAGGAUGGAAGCCGGGUCCCAUCCCUCACAUGUCUUCAGACAUUGAGCCAAGUGGUUGGGAGGAGCCCUCGCCCCAGUCCAUUAGCAGGAAGAUGGAGAUUGACGAUGGAACAUCGGCCUGGGGUGACCCCGCUCACUAUGACAACAGGAGUGUCAACAUGUGGGAUAAGAGCAACCUGCAACAGAGGGGUCAGCCAUCUCAACAACAGCAUGAGUCCAUACCAGCCAACACCCUGACCGGCAGAGACAAAAACACAGCAUGGGAACGGAGUGCUGGAGCUCCUGAACAGGCCAUGGACAACAGCACAGCAGGCUGGGGGAAGGCCUUUGAUGCUCCCUCAGGCUGGAGGGAUCCAGAGGAAACUGGGAAAGGGACAGGAUGGGGUGGCUCCCGCACCAAUCCAGCCAAGACUAGUUCAAAGACUAUGCAAGAUGGCUGGGGUGAUGAAGGUUUAAACACUUCACGCCAUUCCAGUUGGGAGGAGGAAGACAGUGGUUCUGGCAUGUGGGGUAACAGGUCUCAGGACAACACUUCCUCCAUUUCCUCUGGGGGUUGGAACCAAGGUCAGGGUGGCAGGAGAACUGGAGCAAAGGGUCCUCUGAAAGGAAAUGGUGGGGGUCCCUGGACAGGUUCCAUAACUCGGCAGUUGUCAAACAUGGGGAUCACGGACGAAGAAGCCAUCUCAGCGUCGGACAGAAGUAGGAGAGGGAUGAACGACUUUAAUGGGGAGAUGAGGAGGGGAGGAAGAGGAGGAGGAAGCUUUCGCUCGCACAGCUCCAAGGAACCGGGCACGACCGGUGUGUUUAAUACCAGUGGUGUUGCACAUUUAAGAGGAAUGCAACAGCCAGGUGUGCAUCACAUAAAUCCUUCCCCUGGAGUACGAGCACACAUGCAACAGCAGUUCCUCCCACCUCAGGUUUCGGGGUCCGUUCUGAAUCCGAUGUUUCCCCCACAGCUCUCCCCACAGCACCUAGCCAUGCUCAGUGGGAUAAACCCCCACAUGCAGCAGGUCCAGCUGGCGUAUCAGCUCCUCCUGCAGCAGCAGCAGCAACAGCAACAUUUCCUGUCUCAGAGGAAGUUCCCUCAUCCUCCUCCUCUGCUUCAGCAUCAGGAUCCACAGCAGUUGGCCCGCAUCAUGGCAGUUCUUCAGCAACGCCCCAAAACCCCUACAUCCUUCCCGGCAGGCUUUGUGCCAGGGGUGGAGCCUGAGUCAGUUAUUGGUGGAGUAAAAGAAGUAGGAGGAGCUCAGCCUCAGUUUAAAUGGAUGAUGGAGGCAGGGCAUCCACUUUGCCCCUCCCCUCCUGAUCCCAUAAUGCUUAAGAAUGGUCUCUUGCCAGGUCCGAUGAAGCUCCGAGGCGACUCCUCGUAUCCCCACUAUGAUCUUGUGGGAGUGGAGAAUAUGGGCGUGGCCUCUCCAAAUCUGAUUGACAAUUGGCAUAGAAACCCUGGGGGUAAAUUAGGCGCUUCCCCCAACACCCCCACCUGGCCACCAGAGUUUCAGCCUGGUGUUCCCUGGAAAGGUGUUCAGAGCCCCGAGCCUGACCCAAACCCCUACAGUGGAAUGCUGGGGGAGAACACACUCACUGAAACUGAACACCACUUACUGCAGGAUAACACAGUCUCUUUGUUAGAGAUGAAUACCGUACUGCCUUCACCUGGUGCCUGGCCUUACUGUGCCUCCGACACACACAACUCAGUUAAAUUCCCAGCGCUGGCCACCAGCUGGCCUCCUGAGCCGAUCGGACACAGGACCAAUCGAAACGUCUCACAGCUGCCCCGCCCCCCUCCCGGCCUGACCCAUCAGAAACAGUCUCCGUGGUUAGGGGUGGGGCCUCACAUGCCCAGAGGGUGGAGUACAGAGAGGCAGAGCCAGGAGUCACCUUUUGUUACAGAGAGCUCAUGGAGUGGUGGAUCAUCUGCAGGAAGUUCAUGGCUGCUGCUGAGCAACCUCACACCACAGAUCGAUAGCUCAACUCUGAAGACAAUUUGCCUGCAGCAUGGCCCACUGAUGACCUUUAACCUUGGCUUUGCUCCAGGCAGCGCUCUGAUUCGCUACUGCAGCCCGGACGAGGCGGCCAAGGCCCAGAGUGCACUGCACAUGUGUGUCCUGGGUAACACCACCAUCUUGGCUGAGUUUGUGAGUGAGGAGGACGUGGCCCGUUACUUCACACAUUCCCAGAGCAGAGAGACAGACGGAGACGGAGAGACAGACAGGGAGAUGGAGAGUGAGACGGGUGGAGGAGGACAGGUGAAGCUCGGCUGGGAGAACCUGGACGGAGCCGGACUCUCUCUGUUUAACCGAUGGAGCCACAGCCGGGAGGGUGGGGUCUGGGGAGGUGUGGCAUCGGGUUACCACGGCAACAACCUAUGGGGUUCUCCUCAGGUUGAGGACAGAGGGCCUGGCUUGUUGCCGGGCAACCUGUUAGGGGGUGGGUCUGACACUUUGUGAUUAUGGAGGGCUGAGUGCUGAUUUAAACACACAGGCGCACACACGCACACACACACACAGAUGUAAGUUCAGAACACUGGACUGGGAUUUCUCGGUGUUCACACAGGCAGUGAUUUCAUCACCUCACCUGGUCUGAUGCGUUAUAAUUUACUCACUGCACUUGUAACUAGACUCUACUUACAGUUGCCAUGGUUUCAUCGUUAAUAUAUAUCUAUAAUGCAAUACCCACGUCUUUCUGUAAGGGUCAUUGUGUCCGACGUUUAUUUAACACUUAAUAAACCAGGGUUCUAGUGCAGAUCAUGAAAAAUCUGGAAUUUAAAGGCACCUUUAGGUAAUAUAGAAAAUGUUUAUCUAGCCCCGCCUACUUAUUUCUUAAGUUGGUGCUACGCCUCCUGUCUCACUGAAUAUGCACACCAGGCCACUUUCCCUAAACACACCGCUGCCAGUGUGAACACAACCUUCUGUUCUCACACUGCUUUAUAGCACUGAUUUGCCCCGCCCACUUCACACCAUCACUGAUUGGUUCACACUGACUCCACCCCCGAAAGUGUGGCCCUCCUCAGCCUGACCAGUAGUGUAGUGACUGUGAUGCCUGUGUGUGUGAGAGAGAGAAGGAGUGAAUGAAGAGCUGAUUUUAUAGUUUAAUAUGCAUGUGUGCACUUUAAUGUCAUGUGUGUCUGCUUUAAGAGACUGUUUGUUGUGUACUGUAUAUAUUGCUUACUCUACACACUGCUGAUUUCUGCUACGUACUCUGUGUGUGUGUGUGUGUGUGUGUGUGUGUGUGUGUUUAGUGUACACUCAUGUAGCCUUUUUUUAAUCUGCAAUAAGAGUGCUUUUAAAGACAGCUGAGUGUGUGACAAUGUUUUUCUCUGGUUUACACACAUUAAACAGAGGUUAUGUAUAUCUGUGUGUGUGUGUGUGUGUGUGUGUGUGUGUGUGUGUGUGUGUGUGUGUGAUGUACAGUGUGUAUCCUGUAUGGAGUUUUUACAGAAGAGUUAUUUAAUAAUAGACACAUACUGUUGUGUAAUAAACACUGAGACUUUGGAUUUAA